AUGAGUAGUCAACCGGCUGUGUUAAGCCAUGAUGAAUCCGAGAACGAGCGCAAACCCUCCAUUUCGCCUGAGACCACACAGAGAAUAGUCAAGCCUAAGUAUCCUCCAUUCUGUGGACCCAACCGCCCGGUACCCGAACAUAUCCUAGAUCUCCUGGACGAGCACCAUCGACAAAACGGGACUCAGCCGCCGGCUUGUGCAUUAAGCGAUCAUAGAACAGUCUGCAAAUCAAAAGUGUUUGACCGCCAGGGAAGGGAGCUUGGGUUCAACCAGUUUUCCAUCGUGCUACCCUGCCAGUACAGUAUAAUUGUUCUGUACCAACCGAAUGGAGCGGCAAAAUUGGCGAAGGGUCUUUUCCCUUACAGGAUGAGACACGGCUCAUACCUUCGAGGAUGGCUAGGCAUUGACAAGGGCUUUGAAUCGGAGUGCUCUGCUAUUCGGGUAUUUAGUCACGAUUUACACGCGAUCAAGUACAACAAUGAGGCAUGGGCGGCCUUGGAGAUAGCUCUCUCCAAGCAGACCAAGGAGGCCCCGGCGCCAGCGACGGUAUCUAGUACGCCACAGAAUAAGAGGCCGAGGGAGUCGCUGCGGUUGACGAAUAGGACGAAUGAGAAUGGAAGUACAGCUGUCAAUACCCACAGCCAUGCUGAUGCCAGUGCCGAUUCUGACGAGUCGGAAUUAAGCAUCGACGGCUCAGAAGAGAGCUCAUCAGACGAAACGUCAGAUGAGGAGCAACCAGAGGCUACACAAUUGGCGAAAAAGCGGAGAACAACGCCUAGAAGCCCUGUGGCGGCAGCAGCAAAGAGCCCCCAGGUGGUCUUCAAGCUGGUUUCAUAUAAAUCUGGAGCCAUACGUUGCUUUCCGUUGGAUGAAUGCAAGACGGGGAAGGAUCUGUUCCGGAAGGCGCGUGAUUUCUUCCAUUUGUUUGAUCGGAGUGCGGAUGUGAAGAUCCUAUCUUGCCAGAUUAUGUCGCAGCAGAUGCAGCAUUACCUUUUUGAAGGCAGCGAGGGCGAGUUUUCGCUCCUUGUGGAUCAGCCACGAGCUCUCCCGGACCCAUCCCGGCUCGCCCCUGAGGAUGCAUAUUGUUCGCAGUCGUUAACUCGGAUUCGCACAGCUAGCGAGUACGACGAGUCGAUCAGAGUGCUGAAUGGCACGGCUGGCACGGUCGCGUCUGCGGCGGCAUUACGACCGCCACCUGCGGUUCCUGGACGAAAAGAGGUUCGCAAGGUACGAGGGACUAGUCGACGUAGAAGGCGGAAGGGGGCGUGGAAAAAACUGCUAUGGGUGAAGCAGUCUUAUCCCGAUAAUUAUACCGAUACAGAAACAUUUUUAGAUCAUCUUCAGCGCAAUCCGCGUGUACGCCCCUACGACUUUUGGCCCUUGGUGGCGGACUCGACGGUGAUUGUGCAGCAUGUAUGCUCGGUGAUUAUCUUUGUCUGUUGCUUUGUGGGCAUAGUGCAUUGUCGCGUGAGCCCCGUCUCGGUGGUCUGUUGGGGGAGUGUCGGUUCGGCCAUUGGCUGGAUUCUGUGGGACUCUUGGAUGCUACAGGAACAGGGGGAGGUCUUACAUGCGGGCGACCGCGUACUGGAAGGUGAUGACGGCUCCAGCUCCAGCUCCAUGACGAGCUCGGGCCACCCAUCAGGUGUGUGGCCCAACGGGCAGCAGCACAAAGAUACUGGCCAGGUCCACGGACUGGGAUUGAGUAUGUCCAAUGAGUCGGGUGAACCUCUUGGCCGCAGUAGUGCUGUGGAGGGUAAUGACGGGGCACAAGAACCAGCUUCCCCCUCUCCUGGUCAAAUGGCAGGGUUUGCCACUCGGCCUGACACAAGUAAAUCGUCGCUGCUGUCGGCGAGGAAUCGCCAACGGCUGUCCACGGUCAAGUCGGCGUUUCUUAUCUACUGUGCGCUACUAGGACUCAGUCCGAUUCUCAAGUCGCUGACCAAGUCGACAGCCAGCGACUCGAUUUGGACGUUGAGCUGCUGGCUGUUGAUCAUCAACAUCUUCUCGUUUGACUACGGUAGCGGGGAGGGCGCGGGGGCGACUAACUUCCCAGCAUCACUGUCGACCAACGCGGCAGUGAUGGCGUCGACGGUGCUGGCAUCACGGCUCCCGUCGACGACGCACGUGUUCAGCCUGAUGCUGUUCUCGAUGGAGGUGUUCGGGCUGUUCCCCAUCUUCCGACGGCAGCUGCGACGCAUCUCUUGGACGGGCCAUGUACUUUUGACGCUGGUUCUGGUGAUCGUGGCGGGUGGGGCGGUGGGGAUCACGCUGCGCGGAGGAUGGGCAGCGGCGGUGGUGGGAUCGAUCUUGGGCAGCAUCUUGACUGCUCUGGCGAUGGGGGGAUGCAGCUGGUGGCUGAUCAGUCUCCAGAAGUACAAGAACGUGGUGACGGGGCCAUGGGAUCCGGCUCGGCCGAUCAUUCGACGAUGGGAUUGA